AUGGAUCCAAAUAAGCAAAGCAUCUUCCACUUCGCCUCGUUCUCCCUGACAGCCCUCCUUGCCCUCGCAUCCAGGCUGCGCGGGCAGCCUUGCAGUUGUGACAGGACCACCAGACCGUCUUCCGAUGACCUCAAUUGGUAUAUCCUCCUCACAUUCGCCGAUGGGAUCGAGUGGGUAUUCCGCGUGCCGCAUACGGGCCACUCGCAAUUGAAGAGAUGGACGGCUUCCCGCCUGAUUGUGAGCGAGGUCGCGACCCUCGCGUUCGUGAAAGCACAUACACGCAUUCCCGUCCCGCAAGUAUAUGCAUAUGAAGCCAACUGGACAAAUGAGAUUGGUGUCCCCUUCAUGCUCAUGAGCAAGGCCCCCGGCCGGAGGCUCUCCGCCUACGGCUGGGUCGAUCACGCCUCGCAGAGCAAGCCCGCCGGUAAGAGGCUCCGGGACAUCUCUGACAAUGGUAAGAUCAGGGUUAUGCACCAGCUCGGUGCCCUCAGCUGCGAGCUCUCACGGCACCGGUUCAGCAAGAUCGGGUCGCUUGUCCAGGACGGGUCUGGGUACUAUUCCAUCGAGCAGUGUCUCGCUCCGGGCCUUACCUGGGGAGGGAGGGAUUCGUUGGGCAGGAUCGCCAGAGGGCCAUUCGACACAGAGGGCGAGUACCUCGACGCCCUCGUAACGGCGUAUAGCCUCCACACAAAGAAGCUCGACAUGGGAUCGCGGAGCUUCUUCGCGCCUGUGCCCGACCCGGUUGAGUAUGACAGCUACGACAAGUACAGGGACGCUUCGCUGCGGUGGAGCGACUACGUAGGACUCGACAAGAAGGCAGAGCAGGGCAGCAACCGCCUGCAGUUCUGCAUAGCCGCCCAGCUCGUGCGCGACAUGAUCCCAAGCAUGACCCGGCAGAGAUCGUGGGAGGAGAGCGAGGGCUUCCCGCUCGCCCACCCUGACCUGAAUUUCGACAACGUCUUCGUCGACGACAAGCUGAACAUCUCGUGCAUCGUCAACUGGGGCGGGGCAUGUUCUGCGCCAGUACCCGACGCCCUCGUCACACCGGGACUACGCGACAUGGCGCCCUACACGAUGGACCCGCGUCUCGUAAUCGCCUUCCGGAACGGGUUCGAGCAGGCGGCGGGCAUGGGGCGGCCGUUUGACAAGCGAAUAUGGGAACGCGCGGAUCAGAUGCUCUUCUUCCAGCGGCUCGUCCGCAUGCGGUCCAUGCGCGCAGUCUACGACUUCGAGAAGCUCUUUGAGAUGGUGAACGGGCAGUCGAGGGACCAGCCCACGCUCUCCAACCUGCCAGAGCUCUUCGCCGAGGUGGCCGACACGGGACCGGAGAACAAGCAGCUAAGGUACGAGCUCGAGAUGUUCGAGUGGUGCCACAAGCAGGUGGAAACGUACGUCCCGACGGGACGGGGCAGCCGGACGAUUGAGAACAUCGACAGGGUGGCCGUGGCGCAGAAGCUGACCAUGAUGGCGGAGAUGAACAAGAAGUUCAUAGCGGACGGGAGGCUCUGGAGGUGGAUAGAGGCCGCGCUCGAGGGCCAGGGUGCGCCCCCGACGAAGUUAAUCGAGGACGAGGGCAUAUCGUGCGACUACGGGGACAAGAGGGCCGGCAAGUCGAAGGAUUUACGAUACCAGAUAUCGGUUUAG